AUGAUAAACGAUGGAAAACCAGUAACGAUGGCCGUAGUAGAAACUUUGGGAAUUGGAUGUCAGGGAAGGCAGUCCUUUGCUCUGUACAACGUUCGAGUGAGCAGAUCAAUAAAUGGGAAGAAAGUGAGCGGCUGGAAUGUUCUACGGAGAUACAGUGAUUUCCAUACAUUACAUGCCUACAUUGUUCAUAAGUAUCCUAAGCUUGCCAAUCUUUCCUUCCCUGGAAAGAAGACGUUCAAUAAUUUGGAUGCACAUUUUCUAGAAAAGAGGACCAAGGCACUGAAUUUAUUCCUGGAAUGUGUCCUGCAACCUUCAAUGUUAGACGCAUAUCCGGAGCUAGAUGGUAUUCUGUUCGAUUUCCUCAGUCAAAAGGAUUAUCAGGGUAACCGAGAACCAAUCGCCAGGAAGGUAAUGUCAGCCAUGUUCGAUCCCAUCAGGAUGAGCAUGAAAGCGGUUGGAAAUACAGUGAUGGCUGUUCCCGAUCAGGUGUACGGUGGAGUCUCGAAGGUUGGAGCCGGCAUUAACAGCGCCGCGAAGGUUAUUAUUCAGCCUCUGAAUGGAGGUCCGAGAGCUCCUGUGAUUGAUACGGAUCGUGUUGCCGCUGCUAUAACUGAUGAAGUAAGAUUGUCCGUAAAGCAAAUCUCGGAGCGUACUACUGACCCAGAGUCGGUCAAAAGAAUUAGUCUCGCAGAAGAGACAACCGAGCCUUGA